ACCUGUCACUGUGCGCAGUUUGAUAUACGUGAAGAAGUGAAACUCUGCAUCUUUUGAGGUGUGACAUAUUUCUUAUCAACAAAUGAUUUUAUAGCCAGGAACACCGUAAUGCCCAGAUUAGAAUGGACAGUGACUCGCUUUCCAUGCAGACUGUGGGCUAAACUUGUAGAAAAGUGGCACCUCCUCAAGUUACUCUAUUUUACUCUGUGCUUUAAUUCUUUUACAACAUGGAGCUCUACAUUCGAGUUGAGCAUGGAACCAUUGUUUUGGUUCGUGGAUCAUUUUGCCAGAUAUCUCGGUCCAAUUUUCAUGCUUUUGGUUGUUUGCCUGACAACGUCUGUAGUGGUCAUAUUUUACCUGUGUAUACUGCCUGAUAUAUUUAACCGCAGCAUUGGCUGGACCUUAUUUCACCUGCUCUUUGGCCAUUGGCUCCUGGUCAACAUCAUCUUUCAUUAUGUCAUGGCUGCCUUCACAGACCCAGGCAAACCUCCAACAGAAGUGCCCCAGACAGUGUCUUUGUGUAAGAAGUGCGUAUCUGCCAAACCUCCGCGCACCCAUCACUGUAGUGUCUGCAGGAUGUGUGUGCUUAAGAUGGACCAUCACUGUCCUUGGUUGAACAACUGUGUUGGAUUUUUCAACCACCGCUAUUUUUUCUUGUUCUGUGUAUACAUGUGGACAGGGACUGUGUAUGUCAGUAUCACAGGGUAUGACCUCUUCAGGGAGCACUUCUAUGGAUCAAGGGAUGUUUAUUUUCCUGGUGCCCUCUACCCAUUGAACAUGGCUCAUCAUUUGGUGAUGGGAGAUAGCAGGCCUGGAAUGAAUGAGACUAUUGCUGAAGCAGAGGGAGUCACAGGAGAUCAUGUCAGUGAGGCAGACUGGACCCCAGAAAAAGUAGUCCACAGUGCCAUAGUGUAUGAGUUUAUGUUGUGCAGUGGUGUGGUUAUUGCCCUUGGUUUGCUGACUGUCUGGCAUGCGAGGCUUAUUGCCACUGGACAGACCAGCAUUGAGGCUCAUAUUAACAAGAAGGAGAGAAAAAGAUUGAAGGAAAAAGGCUUGGUAUUUAAAAAUCCCUAUGACUUUGGAUGGAGAAAAAACUGGGAAAUAUUCCUUGGGUUAGAGGAUGGGAGAACAUUCUUUAAAAAUGUACUGUUUCCGUCAACCCACAGUCCAUAUGGAGAGGGGCUUAUAUGGCAAAGGAGUGAUCAUGACGUCUGUGUAAAGGAAGACACUACAGUAACCCAAUUAUGACAGUAUUGUUUCCAGAAAUAUUUUUUAUAUGUGUCAGCAGCCAUUCUGUGAGUGUCAAAAAUUGACUAGUGCUGUUUUUAUUUACCCUGUAAUAUUGCGGAGAACAAACAUUGUCAUAGUCUUGCAUGUUGUUGUGUGUUAAAAAAAUGUGUACACACUGCUGGUUCUAUGUGUACACACUGCUGGUUCUAUGUGUACAUGUACGAUUUUGAUACUAGCUUCAUGAUCUAUGAAUCAAAUGUUUAAAACGAUCAAUUAUGUCAGUUAUACAACGCUAGCUCAUAUACAAUAAAAGCACCAGUGACUGGACAUUUCAGCUGCGUAACAUAACAUUAGAUCAUGUAAACACACCAGUGAUUUGAUAUCACAUUGACUUUUCCUGGCUUGUUUCUGAUGAAGUGUGGGACAGUGACAUGACAAGAGGCUCAAGGUUCACUCAUUAUUAUACCUACACAAUUCAACUUGACCACUUUUACAGUGUGUGCAAGUAACAAUUCGCUCAAAUGUACACUUAUUAGAUAAAUAAAUCAGUUCACGCAAAAUUUGACAUAAGGACUACACAGACAAGAUUUGAAGUAGAAUUUUCCUGUCAUGAGGUAUUAAUGAAUUUCAUGAAUGCCUAUUCUCGCACCAGGAAUUUUCCCAUCAGUGAUGUUUAUGUAGUCUUAGUACUAAAAAGUCCUGUACUAAACCAUCUAGUACUGCUACAUUGUUGUUAAUCUGUGCUGUGUAACUGAUAUAAAUGAGUUUCAGACUUCUCACUUUACAUCUCCACAAAUUGGAGUAAUCAUG